GCCCAGCCCAUGGCGGGGGCCGGCCAGGCUUUGGUGCUGCCCGUCCUGCUCUGCUGCCUGUGCCCAGGUGCUGCGAACUUCGAGUGCAAGGGGCGCGUCUGGAUCGAGCCGGCGCCCGUGGUGCGGCUGGGCUCCGACAUCUCCAUCGGCUGCCAGUCCUGGCUGGGCUGCCCCUCGCCGCAGCUCUUCAUCCUCCUCAACUAUAGCACCCGGCUGGCCCUGCCCGGCGGCGCCGUGCGCCUCGGCCUGCGCCGCUUCCAGAUGCCCUUCGCCACCGUCACCUGCUUCUCCCGCUGCGCCCAGAGGGAUCGCCUGGUGUGCGGCACCGAGCUCCGGGCGGGCUACCCUCCGGACCCCCCGGCGAACCUGAGCUGCGCCAUCGCCGAGGGCUCGGAGCUCCUGGAGUGCGGCUGGGAGCCGGGACGGGUCACGCACCUGCCCACCCGGCACAGCCUCCACCUGCGCAGGCUUUCAGAGGAUGAGGAUGAUGAGGAAGAAAAGACCUUCCCUGCAGACUCACCUGUGCUGCUGAGAGAGCUGCACAAUGGCAGCCAGUACUCAGUGUGGGUGCAGGCCAGCAACGCCCUGGGCACUGCCCGCUCGGCCCCUCAGCAAUUCAGCCUGCAGGAGCUCGUGGUGCCCGCUCUGCCCUUGGCCAUCGGCGCCGAGACCACGGACACGUCCCCUGCCAGGACCACCACGCGCUGGAGGAGCCGGACCCGGCUGAGAGACGUGCACUGCCAGGAGAGGCACAGGGCCACGGGCACCCCCACGUGGCACGUGGAGCUGUGCGACAAGGUGACACAGGAGGGUCCCCGCUGGCAGCACGAGCUGCAGAGCGACACCGAGUUCGUGUUCCAGGCCAGGUGCCGGCUCGGCAGCGCCCACAGCCCCUGGAGCGCCUGGAGCCCCCCCUUCCUGUACCGCACCCCUGAGGCAGCCCCCGCCGCCGCUCCCGCCGUGUGGCGGCGCCUGGGCCGGGCCCUGCCCAACGGCAGCCACGAGGUGACGGUCUUGAUCAAGCCGCUGGCAGCCCGGGAUGCCCGCGGGAGGAUCCUGGGCUACGCCGUGAGCGCCGAGAGCGCGGCGGGAGCGCGGCCGCUGUGCCUCACCUCCGGCACCGAGUGCACGGUGCUGGUGCCGCCCGGAGCCCGCAGCCUCCUCGUCACCGCCCGCAACUCCAAAGGGGCCUCCAGGCCGGCCAGCAUCCCCCUAACCCGGGCGGCAGCUCAGGAAGAGUUCCCAGCCCCGGAGGCCGUGGAGGUGCAGCCUGAGCAGCAGAGCAGGGUCCUGGUCCAGUGGCAGCCCCCCCAGCCCAGCCAGAACCCCCUGCUCUGGUUCAUACUGGAGUGGCUCUCCAGCCCCCAGCCUGGCCAGCAGGAGCAGUACAGCUGGGAGAGAAUCCCACACCACCAAACACACACCUACAUCCCAGGGGCGGCUCCCCCGCGGGUGUGGCUGUACGCGGUGUAUCCCGGCGGGAUCAGCGCUCCCCGCUCCAGCCCAGCCCCUGCAGAGGAGCCGCUCCUGGGCAGCACCUACAGCGAGAUGUCCCAGGAUGGUGACAUCCCAGUGCUCCUGGGGCUGAGCCUCAGCCUGGUCGGAUCAUCCAUUCUGUUUGCAGUUGUGAUGUUCAAAAAGUCAGUCAGGAAAAGGGUUAAGGCCACCCUGGUGUCCCUCUUGCCAGCGUGGAUGUCUGAGGACUUUCCCCACAUGGAGAACAGCACCGUGGUGAAGUCACUCCAGGACAAGGCUGAUUUCCCCAGUGCCAGCCUCCAGGAGCCCUUCCUGGCCGACCCUGCCCUCACCGACAUCCAGGAGGUGCCGGCGCAGGAGCGGCCCCAGAGCCCGGGCACCGCGGCCAGGGCAGGGGUGGCCGAGCCCAGGGAGGUGCCAAGGAGCGUGGUGGCCCCCAGGACCGCUGUCCCAGGGUGGCUGGGUGCCUACAAACCCCAGCUCUCCGACGGGAAUGCUUUGGGCUACGUGGCCGCUGGGAUCUGCCCGGCGCAGCCAGAGCCGGGAAUCCUCUGCCAGGACUACAGCAGCCCCGUGCCCCAGCUGUGGGAGCUGCACGGGGGGACACCCCAGCUCUGCCUGCUCGACAAGAUCAACCUGGUGCUCAACAGCAGCCUGGAGUUCCCGGGGCAGGCGGGGCACGGAUCCAUCCCGGAGCAGCGCUGGGAGCCACCCGGAGACGGCCCCGAGCAGAUGCUGGUCCCCGAGGAGCUGCUGUCCUGCCUGAGAGCCACCAACAGGGACCCUGCCUCCCGCAGAGCAUGGCAGGGCUGCUCUGACAGCUGCUGGGAUUGGGGAUAAAGCCUGGAGCAGGGACCAACCAAGGCGGUGUCAGCACCGGGAUUGCCAAAGGGAGAGCCAGAGCAAAGCUCCCCGCUGGAAUUUUGCCCUCCUACUUCACUGCAGGUUCUUGUGGCUGCCUGGGAAUCCUGGGCCAGCAAAUCCCAAUUUUAGCCUUACCUCACGCUGGCAGAAGGGAAAAAAACCCAUAAAGCUUGGAUUCCUGGGAUGCCAAGCAGGAGAUUCCUGCAGGGUGAAAUAUCUUCAAUUACUGCUCAGCAUCGUCCUCUUGCUAAGGGUAUGGAGCACUUCAUUCCCAAGGAUUUGGACCAUUUCAUUCCCAAGGGUUUGGACCAUUUCAUUCCCAAGGGUUUGGACCAUUUCAUUCCCAAGGGUUUGGACCAUUUCAUUCCCAAAUGUUUGGAGCACUUCAUUCCCAAGGAUUUAGACCAUUUCAUUCCCAAGGGUUUGGACCAUUUCAUUCCCAAAUGUUUGGAGCAAUUCAUUCCCAAAUGUUUGGAGCACUUCAUUCCCAAGGGUUUGGAGCAUUUCAUUCCCAAAUGUUUGGAGCACUUCAUUCUCAAAUGUCUGGAGCACAUCAUUCCCAAAGGUUUGGAGCACUUCAUUCCUGGAGCUAAUUGCAGCUAAAAUGGAUAAAAAAAUCCCUCAGACAUCCUGGCAGAGAUGUGGGAAAUAUUUUGGGAUUGCUCCUGAUGAGCAGACACGGCAGCAAGGAGGAUUUCUGUGUCACAGUGGUACCCAGAACAUGGAAUAUUUCCUGUAUUUCACUUUCCUCCCAUUCCCAAUAAAAACCCACUCAGGUAAGAGCACACCUCCAGCUCCUGCCAGGCUGAUUUAAAACCCCUCUGAACUGCUCACUGGCCAAACCCUUCCCUCUGGGUGAGGGAUUUUUCACCUCACAGCACCUUGUCACCCCUCAGCCUGGCUGUGGGAAGGGCAGUGUGGCACAGGAAAAUUGGAUUUAUCCAGCACAUGAGCAUGGAUUUGGAUCUUUGGUGAAACACAGCAGCCUCCUUCCCUCAGCAGCCCUGAAACCAUCUCCAGGUAUGCUGGGACUCACAAAAUAUUCCCAAAUCUUUUUUUCCCCAAUUGUUCCUAGGCACUGCGAGCAUUUCUCCAUCAGCUGUUGCACAAAUGGAUUAAUUUUGUUGUUGUCCCCAACAGUCCCAAACCCCCUGGUGUGUGCUGUGCUCGUUCCCUCCCGCCCCAGGAAUCUGUCACUGUGUCCAGAGGAGCAGGGACCUGGCAAGGAGGGGAGGAUUCUUCCUCAGCAGCAGCAAACCAACACAGAAAUGGGAGUGUGGCACGGCAGGGAGCCAAAAAUUGAGUUAGAGAGAGCUGCCUGAGCAGGAAGGAAGUUGUACAAGAACACCACAGGACUCUGAGCAGCCCAGGCGUGAGGAGGGGAAGGGUUUUUUUCAGAGUCCACAUCCUGAGACUCGUGCUGCUCUUUCACCUGAGCUGCCAAACCUCGGGGGGAAUGCUCCCCAAGCCAGCAAACAGGGCUGGCCCUGCACUCCAGGAGCUGCUGGGUGCACUCCCAGCCCCAGGAACCCUGCAAAUCCCCGUGGGCACAGCAGCACAGCUCCUGUUCUCCCGGCAGCAGGGCAGGGAUGGAGCAUUCCCAGCUCCCACCAGGGAUGGACACCAGAGAGCCACCAGUGCCCCCCUCCCCCUGAUCCCCGGGAGAUACAGGGAAUAUUUCUGCUAAUAAAGGGAAUAUUUGUGCUACAGCAAAUAUUUCACAGGUGCCCAGAGCAGCUGGGGCUGUCCCUGGAUCCCUGGCAGUGCCCAAGGCCAGGCUGGACAUUGGGGCUGGAGCAGCCUGGGACAGUGGGAGGUGUCCCUGCCAUGGCAGGGGUGGCACUGGGUGGGAUUUAAGGAUCCCCAAACCAUUCUGGGACUCUGUGAUCCCAAACACCAUCCCAGGCUGCUCCAAGCCCCAUCCAACCUGGCCUGGAACACCUCCAAGGAUGGGGCACCCCAUGAAUCCCAUCACAGAGUCACUCCCAGCUGAUUUAACUUCUCAGGGUGCCCUCCUUCCCUCAGAUACCACAAACCCCCUCAUUUUUGGUAUCAGGAUUUUCUAUCCCCUGUUUUAAGCUUGGUUUUACCAUUGGCAGUCAGAUCCAGUGUCAGAGAUUCCCACUUGUUGAUCAGCUCAGGGAUGAAUUCCAUGAUUUUCACGACCCACAGAGAUGCACCACGGUGCUGUCUCACCACCCCCAAAGUUCUAACAAAAAAAAAAAAAAAGAAAGUCUUUUUAAUAUAAAGGGAACAAAUUAAAAGGAAGAAGGAAUUGGGUGCAGGCAGCUCAGGGGGGUUGGAGAGCAGAGAGAGUCACCCACUGCUGCUCUGAACUCCAGAGCUUCAGAGCAGGGGGUGUCUGUGUCUUCCAGGGACAGCUCAAGGGGCAAGGAGAGGCAGAGACUCCCCUGGGGGACUUGUUCACCUCUCCAGAAAGUCAGCCUGGAAAUUAUUUAACCUGAAAAGAAGCAAUAAAU